AUGGUCCGGCCCUUCCCUCUACUCACUGCCGCUCUCCUCCUCGCUGUCUUCGUCCAUGCCCUCGGCCACGUUGACCGUAAACGAGGGGUCCUGAUCAACACCCACAUAGCUGUCGCUCAUCAGGUACAGCUUGAACGUGUGCUUGCCGGGCUCGUCGGGCAGGCGCGCCUUGAUGCGCAGAUUCAGCGGCUUGCGGCCCACCGUCACGUAGCGGAUACCAAUGACCGUCUUGGUGCUCUCCUCGCCGACAAUCAGCCACCAGCCGCUGGUGCGGUCGCCGGGGAAGAAGGGCGCGUGCACCGAGUUGUCAAACUCGGCCUCGUCGUCGUCCUUCUUUUCGUCGGCGUCGUCGUCCUCCUCGUCGUCUUCCUCGCGUGCCAGCGUCACCUUGAGGAACAUAUCGGUGCCGGUCUCGAGCUGGUCCUCGUCCUCCACCGAGAAGUCGAGCGACAUGUCCGGGUACUUGUCGUUGGUGAAGUGGGCGGCCUCGACGAGCUGCGAUUGGGUCAGGCCCAGCUCCUUGACGAGGCGGCCGUACUGCUUGUUCUCCUCGGGGUUCAUCUUGUCGAUGAAAUCAAACACAUCUUUGAUUCUGUGGGGGGGACGCGCAUUGAGGUGGCCCUCGUCGACCAGCAGGUUGGCCGCGGCGCUCAGCAGGCUCGGGGCCUUGCGCACGACGACCUCCUGGUCCUUGGCCAGGUCAAUGGGCAGCUGCAUGCGCGAAAAGUGCGCCUGCAGCAGCACAAAGGCCUUGAAGGACGGCGCGUUGUAGUCGACCUCGCCAUCGGCCGCGGCCGCGGCCAUCUUGACGGGCACGCGGUCGUAGAUGCGCCGCAGCAGGCCCUCCUCGUGCCGCCGCGUCUGGAUUGUCUCAAACUCGGCCGCCGCCGUCACAAUCUCCAGGAUGCCCUUGAGCUUGGUGCGCGCCGUCAGCGACAGCAGCAGCGUCUGCAUCGUAAUGUACGACAGGUUGUAGUGCGCGGCAACGAGCGCGCCGUUGGUCGGCGUCACCGCGCCCUCGUCCUCGUCAAUAGUAAUAAGCUUGGUGUCGCUGAGCUCGCGCAGCGUUUCCUCCACCAGCUCCGUCAAGAACUGGCCCAUGGCGUCGCCGGAGCGCGAGGGCAGGCUGUAAUAGCUCGGGUUCGCAAACAGGCGCCGGUACAGGUACGUCGUCGAGACCCACUCGAGGGCCGUGUCGCCGGACGUGAUCGUCUUGGUGCUGACCUCGGUCAUGAAGGCGUCCGCCAGGUUGUCGUGCAGCAGCGACUCGACCGGCAGCGCCUCGUUCAGAAACUUCUUGUAGUAGUCGCGCUUGACGGCGGGCACCAUGAGCACGCCACGGCUGCGUCCGCCGGCCUCGCGCGCCGGCGUCAGCGCCUUGCCAAACAUCUGCAGCACCUCGCUGACCGGGUAGUCGACGUAGCGGUGCUCGCGGCCGUCAAAGAACUGCGUGCCCAUGACGACCACGAGGUGCGCCGUGCAGUCGAGCGCCCAGCAGACGUCGCGCGACGCAAUCAGGACCUGGAUCGCGCCGUUGACAAACAGGUGCCGCACGAUGCGCUGGUCGGUCUCGCUCAGCGCCUCGUGGUAGUAGCCGACGCCGUGCGACAGCGCCUCCCGCAGCGCCGCCUCCUGCACCUUGUCGAGCAGGGGCCGCAGCUGCGCCGGAUCCACGUGCAGGAAGCGGUCCUCAUCGUCGUCGGCGACACACGCCAGCAGCAGGUCGCGCGCCGUCGCCCGCGUCUGCUUGCGGCUCGGGACGAACACGAGCGCCGGCUGGGCCGCCGACAGCUGCGUGAUGGCCAGGUAGGUCGGCUUGGCCAUGGCGAGCAUCAGCGACGGGAAGUGCGGCACCGAGUACGACUGCAGGUGCAGCUCGAGCGGCACGGGGCGCACCUGGGGGCUGAAGUUGUAGAUGUCGUGCUUGGUCGCGCCGAUCCAGCUGCCCAUCUCGCGCACGUUGGCCAGCGACACGCUGAGCCCGACGAUGCGCAGCGGCGGCGUCUGGCUCGACAGCUGCUCGCGGAUGUGCGCCAUGCGCGACACCAGCAGCUCGUACUGGUAGCCCUGGGCGGCGCUGCUGCCAAUCAUGUGCAGGUCGUCGGCCACAAACAGCCGCACCGACUGCACGAGCUUCUGGCGCUGCCAGCGACGGGCCAGCGUGUCCCACUGCGCGUGCGUCGCCAGGAUCAGGUCGCCCUGCUGCAGCAGCUUCAGGUCGUGGGUCGCCUCGCCCGUCAGCUUGACCACGACACGCCCGCCGCCGCGCAGCUUGCUGAAGCGGUGCUCCCAGUGGCGGAACCGCACGUCCACGAGCUCCUGCAGCGGCGCCACGUAGACGGCGCGCACGUCCUCCACAUUGUCCCCCGCGUCCGUGCCGGCCUGCUGCUGCCGCUGCAGGUGCUGGCCCCAGAGCCGCAGCAGCGCAAACUCGGCGCACACCGUCUUUCCGCUGCCCGUCGACGACGCCACGAGCACGUUCUGGUCGGUCGCGUACAGCGAGUUGAACGUCUGUGUCUGGAUGCGGUUGAAGGUGGGCCACUCGGGGUACAAGGCCAUGUGGUCCUUGGUCUUGAGCGCGGACACGGGCAGCGGCUGCAGGUCGAGCAGCUCCGUGUGCGGCUGGAACUUGUCGGGCAGCAGCAGCUUCUGGAACGGCACGGCAAGCCGCGUCUCGGCGUGCAUCCAGCGGUCGGAGACGACGGUGACAAAGUAGUUGGGCGGCAUGGGCUCGGUGAUGGGCACGGUGAAGUCGACGACGUGUUCGUUGUUCUCGGACUGCGCGAAUUCCUUGCGCAGCAAGAACUGGUCGUGGUACAGAAUGUCCUCGCCGUCCGAGUCCUCGACGAUGAUCCAGAAGCUCUCCGACAGGCCGUGCACCUCGUCGUCCCACGCAAAGUUGGGCGUGAUGGUCAGGUUCACGUGCAUCAUGGACCGCGUAAUGGGCAGCACCUGGGCCUGCAGCUGCAGGCGCGGGAACUUGGCCACCAGGCGGCAGACGGUGGUGCCGGCCUUGGGGAGGCCCAGCAGCUCGCCCAUGCGCGGCGGGUCGAGGUCGAAGUAGCUCUUCCAGGGCACGUCGAUGCGCUCGGCUUUUUGCACAAUGUCGCGCGGGCAGCUCGGGAACUGGCGCAGCGGCGACAUGGUCGGCCACAUGCGCUUCUCGGCCAUCUUGCACAGGUCGAGUGCUGUCUUGGCGACGCCGGCCCAGCCCUUCUUGAGCGUAAUCUCAAACACGGCGCGCAGGAUGCGGCCGGCCGACUGCGUGACGUAGACCAUGUCGGCCAUGAGGGCGAGGCCGUCGAGACGCAGGCGCGAGAUGUAGGCCUGCAGCAGCACGUUGAUCUUGGCGUGCGGCUCCUCGAUGCUCUCCUUGACGGGGAUGGGCACGCGGCCCAGCAGCUUGGCCAGCUCCAGCUUCUCUUCCUGGCGCACGGGAAUGUACUUGAACUCGCCGCUCAGCGCAAAGAUGCGGAACAUCUCAAUGGUCGAGAUGGACGGCUGGAUCAGGUUGUUGUACGUCUCCAUGGAGCUGUGCGUGAUGUAGUAGUGCGACGCAAUGCGGCCCAGCUCCGUGGCCUGCAGCCGGCCCGUCUUCUCGUCGUACUUGGCCAGGCUGGCCUUGCGCAGCACGAGCGCCGCCGAGUGCACCAGGUCCACGCGCUUCUGCUCGAGCGCCUCGUCGUCCUCGUACUCGGCGCCCACCUGGUAGAGGCCGGGCGACCGCAGCAUGCGCACAAACAGGUACGUGUAGCCGAGCCACUCGACCGCCUCGUCGCGCGAGCGCACGUUGCCCAGCACGAUUUCGGCAUUCAGGUUGUCCACCAGGCGGCUGACCAGCUGGCUCUCGAUGGGCAGCUGCUGGUUGAGCAGCGACAGGUAGUAGGGCAGUUCGUUUUGCGUCGUAAUGAUAAUGCCCUCGCCGUAGGUGUCGAACUGCGGGCGGCCCGCGCGGCCGAGCAUCUGCAGCACGUCCUGCGGGCUCAGCUCGACCCAGCUGCCCUUCUCGGGCGAGUAGACCUGCGUGCCCUUGAUGAUGACGGUGUGCGCGGGCAGGUUGACGCCCCAGGCCAGCGUGGCCGUGCAGCACAGCACCUGGAUGGCGCCCUGGGCGAACAGGUCCUCGACGUCGGUGCGGUCGACGCGGCUCAUGCCGGCGUGGUGGAUGCCGAAGCCGUAAGGCAGCAGGUCCUUGAGGUCUUUGUCGCCCGCCUGCUCGGCGGCCUCCUGCAGAAUCUCGCGGGAGCCGGCGUCGUGCUUCAGGAUCUGGUUGAUGGUCUCGAGCUCGAGGGCCUUGUCGCGAAUGUGGCGCGCCGUCUUGGCCGUGUCCUUGCGCGAGUGCACAAAGAUGAGCAUCUGGUUGCGGUUCUUGCCGACGUGCUCGAGGACCUUGGUGUAGGUGAUGUCGUUCAUCGUCUUGAGCUGCUUGAUGGGCUUGCGGUCGGUGACGCCGAUAAACUCCUGGCGCAGCGGGCAGGGGCGGUAGGUGCCGUCGAAGUGGAACAGGCCCGUCUGGGGGUCGACGCGCAGGAAGCUGGCGACGUCGCGGUAGUUGGGCAGCGUGGCCGACAAGCCGACGAGGCGCACGGGCUCGCCCGUCUGCUCCGUCUUGCGCAGCGUGCGGCUGACAAUGCUCUCGAGAACAGGGCCACGGUCGUCGUGCAGCAGGUGAAUCUCGUCAAUGAUAAUCAGGCGCACGAGGUUGGUAUACGACAGGUCGGUGGCUUUGCGCGUGAUGACAUCCCACUUCUCGGGCGUCGUCACAAUGAUCUGGGUCUCGGCGAUCUGCUGCUUGGUGAGCUGGCGGUCGCCAGUCAACUCGCUGACGCGGAUGCCAAAGGGCUCGAGCCGCUUGCCAAAGUUGCCGACCUGCUCCUGGACGAGGGCCUUGAGCGGCGCAAUGUAGACAAUCUUGAACGCGUCGAGGUCGAUCUCGCCCGUCUCCGGGUCGCGGUGGUUGUGGAUGGCGCGCAGGAUGGUCAGCAUGGCCACGUUGGUCUUGCCGCUGCCCGUGGGCGCGCAGAUCAGCAUGUUGCCGUCGUCCUGGAAGGCGGCUGGGUAGCAGCGGGUCUGGAUGCGGUUGAGCGUCUUGGCGGUGCUAAAGGGGCCGCGAGCCCAGGCGGGCAGGUCCGUGAUGGGGAUGUUGCUGUCCUUGGGGUCGCUGCGCUUCUUGGGCGGCGGCACGUGGAUCUCCUCGUAACCCUUGAAGGCGCGCUUCGUCGAGCCAUCGGGCAGCGACACGCGCGGGUUGGUCAUCAGAUGGUUGCCCUGCUCAAAGACGAGGUUGUCGAGAUUGAUGGUGCGCCGCGGCUGCAGACCGCCGACCAGUUGGCCCUCUUUGCCGUCCUCCUUCUUGGUCCCCUUGCCGGCGCCGUCAGCGUCUGCGAGCGCAUUGCUGCUGUCGACGUCCAUCUUGAUCUCCAUUUUGCCCUUCUUCGUGGCGUCGUCGCCGCUCGUCUUGCCCUGCAGCUCGUUCAAAAUCCACCGCAGACCUUCCGAGGCCAUCUCCCGCUCCACUGUUGCACGGUCCUCGUCGUUCUCGGCGCGUGCAAGCUUGGUCAGCCACACAAUCUUUUCGCGGUUGUCAAUCAGCUUCUGCGUGACCUCGGGGUGUUCGUAGUCGAACAGCUCCAUCAUCUCGUUCUCGAUCUCGUGGAGAGGCUUUUCGCUGCCCUCGGGCUCGUCCGGCUCACCCGACAGAAUGUGCAGCGCCUGCGUCGUCUUGUCGUGCUGGACGUGGGCGUCGGGGUACAGGCGGCCAAUCUGGCGCUGCAGCCAGUAUGCAUCAAUGUCGCGCGCCGGCACAAACGUCUCGUCCUUGGCCUUGCUCUUGCCCGGUUGCCGGCCGCCACGGCUCGCCGCGGCGGCAGAGGCGGAGGGAUCGAUGAUCAUGGCGUCGCCGUCGACAAAGCCCAGCUCCUCUUCGUCGCGGUCGACGCCUGCCCCGCCAGCAUUGGCUUCUUCGGCCAGGUCCGGGCGGUCUUCGUCGUCGCCGACCUCGUCGUCGUUGUCGUCGUCUUCGUCUUCCGACGAUGCGUCGCGGACUUCGUUGACGAUGGCGUCCUCGUCCUCGUCGUCCUCCUCAAAGUCCACGGCGACGCCCUGGCGCUCGUCAAUCUCCUCGUCGUCGUUGGUGCCCGCGUCGGCCAUUGCGGCGUCGUCGUCGUCGCCCUGCUCGUCGUAGUCGGUAAUCUUCUUGCCGAGGUUGACCAGCUCGUUGAACGCCUUGGGGCUCAGGCUCUCGCCCAAGAUGUCGUCGAUCUCCUUCUUCUUGUCAAAGUCCUUGAGGUCGUCGUCCUUGAGGUACUCGAGCACGGCGUCGGCGGCACUUCGCACAAUCUCGUGGGACACGUCGCCCAAGACGCGCGCCACCAGCGACAGGAUCAGCUCGAAUGUGGCGCGCGUGGCGCUUGUCCGCGGCCGGUAGCGCAGGCCCUCGACGAUCAGGUCGGCACCCGCCAGGAUGGAUGUGCCGCGCAAGGCCGUCUGGCCCUGGCGCUUGCGCUGCUCACGCUGCAGCACGGCCUCGCCUUCGCGAAAGUCGCCGCGCUGCACGUCGGGCAUGGCCGAGUUCUUUUUCGACUUUGUCUUGGGGGCGGCCUCGCGGGCAAUGCGCGAGCCCAUGUCCUGGAUCUGCAGGCGGCCGGCCAUGGACUCUGGGUCGCCUGUCGGCUCGUCCUUCCUCCGGGAGACAAAGCGGCGGUCCGCCUGGAGGACCAGGUUGGACAUGGCCGCGUAUUUGUACUGUGA